GUGUCUAGUUGCGCAGAGCUGUGUGGAUUGCAUGGAGCUCAGCAUGGACUACAGACACAACUUUUAAAUUCAGUCGGACAAUUGACUUUUUUAACCUGAAGACAUCUGCUCAUUUAUUAAACAAAAGAUAUGGAGAAUGAUGUCCUAUCCACUCCAACUGCUGUCAACACCCACGGCCCAUGCCCUAUCAUGGAUGGACCCUCUCUUCCCUCCCCCAUACAUUCUCCUCCUGUAGUCUCCAAUAACAUAUCUGCUACUGCCUCUGACCUUGCCAAAUCUUCUUCCUCAAAAGAGACCAUCUCAGAACCCAGAAAACUAACUAACUCCUCUCAAACAUCCGCUCCCACCAUUUCUUCCUUUACUUUUUUAGAGGGGUCAAAGACAUUAAGUCCCACUGUGCUCUCUGAACCUGCACCUACAUCCUCCUCUCCUCCUCCAAACAAAGCUGCUAACUGCUCUACCCCUCAAAUCCCCAAAAUGUCAUCCCUUUCCAAACUCACCUCAGCCUCCUUUACAUCUGCUACAGUGGCCUUUAACACUGAAACAGAUUCCCCUAACUCUUCCUCCCCUACGGCUUCCACUGUGGCUCCUGCAACUUCUUCCAGCACCCCUGUUAAACGCAACUUUGCCACCUUGGCCAAGCGGGUAAUAAUACAGGAAAGAUUAAGGAAAUCUGAGGAGGAGGAAAAGGAUAUAGAAGAUGAUGACGAACCAGAGGAAGAUUUGUCUGUGGAGCAGUUGGAGGAGAAGGCCAAAACUGGAGAUGCCAGAGCCCAGACCCGGCUGGCUCAGCACUACUUGCUUCUUUCUGAAGAUAAGGACACUGAGCUAAAUAGUCGUCUGGCUGUUAAUUGGCUCAUUAAAGCAGCUAAACAGGGAAGAAAAGGUGCAGCAAGGGCACUGCAGCGCUGUUGGAUCCAGAGAAAAGGAAUCACCCCAGAAAAUGAGGCCGAUGUGCGCAAGUUGGCAACAGAGAGUAGGUUUGAGCUGGCUGUACGUAAAGCAGCCAUGAUGAUGUACUGGAAACUUAAUCCUGAAAGGAAGAAUAAGGUGGCUGUAGCUGAAAUGCUGGAAAAUGUCGGGCAGGUCAAUGCAGUGCCAGUAGGUGGCACUGCAAGCAGGAAUCCUGUCCCAACCUCAGGCCAGACCCAGAAGGUAUUGGAGAGCAUGGUCAACAAUAAGUCUACUCAGAUGGUGGACUUGGAUGACUUUGUAGAGAUGACUAAAAAGUAUGCACAAGGUAUCGUCCCCUCUACAUCUACAAGUGGCAGCCAGGUCGAGGCCAAGACUGAAAGCCCUACACCUCAUGACAGAGCAGAGGAGAAGGCUGAGCUGGUACCAUCGACAUGCAAGAAGGCUUAUAAACGAUCCUGGAGUUUUGGCCGAAGUGGGAUGAUGCUGGACAAUGGGCAGAAUGGGGCAAUGCAAAAAGCCAUGGAUAUGAAAUCACGCUUAAUGAUACUGCAGUACCCGCUGCAUGCCGUUAUCGAGAUGAAACAGCACCUGGUCGACUGGGCGUCUCGGGCCGGUGUCCAGUGGCUGAGCACAGUCAUCCCCACGCAACACGUCAACGCUCUUAUUUUCUUUUUCAUCAUCAGCAACCUGACAGUUGACUUGUUCGCUUUUGUCAUCCCCUUACUCGUCUUUUACCUGUCCUUCAUCUCCAUGGUCAUCUGCACAUUGCGUGUUUUCCAAAGCAGCAAGACUUGGGAGAACUUCAGAGCCCUGACAUCUCUUCUGACACGUUUUGAACCCGGCCUGGAUGUGGAGCAAGCAGAGACCAACUUUGGCUGGAACAACCUUGAACCAUACCUCUAUUUUAUUGUGUCUGUUUUCCUCGUCAUUUUCUCCUUUCCUGUUGCUGAUAAGGGCUGGAUACCCUGUUCUGAGCUCUCCACUGUGGCCAUAUUUUUCACUGCCGUCAGCUACAAGAGCCUCAGCCCCACUGCUGCGACGUAUGCGCGCCGAGCAAUGGUCAUAGAGGUCGCAUCAUCUCUCUGCUGCCUGACGCAGUUCCUGCCAGAGAAAAUGACAGUGCUCCGUUUGCUGGGGCGCACCUUUGCCACACUGCCACUAGGGGAGUCAGUGGUGCUGAAGCUCAGUCUUCCUUGCCUGCUGUAUGUUUACCUCUUCUAUCUGUUUUUCAGCAUGGCCAGGAUGCGUGGUUUCAGAGGGACGUACUGCUUCCUGGUUCCAUACCUUGUGUGCUUCAUGUGGUGUGAGUUCUCUGUGGUCCUCCUCCAGAGUUCCUCUGCUGUGGGUCUAAUGCGCACCUGUGUGGCCUACUUUCUCUUCCUGUUUGCCCUGCCUGUUUUGGCUUUUGGCCUCGCUGCCAUGCUCCUUAUCCAGGUCUUCAAGUGGUUCCUCGAGCUGGAGCUGACAAAGGUGAUUGUGACCCUGGUAGUUUGUGCCAUCCCUGUCACCCUACGGCUGUGGACACGGUUCAGCAUGUCUAUUCUGGAUGUCUUCCACUCACUGACCCACCGCGGCCCAGUCAAACUCAUCUUACUCUGUAUCUCCAUGGUGAUCCUGUUCUUCUCUAUCUAUGUGUAUCAUGCAGAGGGACAGAAAGUGUACAAUUCCACACUGACUUGGAGACAGUACAGUCAGGUGUGCGGGCCACCUGCCUGGGAAAUUAAAGGCAAGGCCCAAACGCAGCUCUUCUGUAGCCACCUGCACGGACACAGAGUCACCUGGACUGGCCGUUUUAAGCAUGUCCGUGUGGCUGAUACGGAUAACGGGGCACAGUCGGUUAUCAGCAUGUUGCCAGUGUUCAUGGGAGACUGGCUGCGCUGCUUAUACGGAGAGAAGUAUCCCAAAUGUGAGGCAAAGAAUGAUACAGUUGCAAACCUAACAGCUGCCAAUUUGGAAGCUGUUUCUGCAUCAGCUACCUAUUCACUGCCCAUAUUGCUCCGUGCACAAGAAGAGGAAGAGUUGUGUGAGAUUAAGGCUCUGGCCAAGCACACCUGCCAUAUUAAACGCUUUGACAGCCACCUCUUUGCGGUGACAGUAGGGAUGAUUGGGGAUGCAAUUGUGGAAGACCCAGCCAGGGAUAUAAUCCUAAUAGCCAGCCAUGAGUUCAAACAAGUUCUGCUAAACAUAAAUCCUGGUAAUAUGGUGGAGUUCAGCACCAAGUUGGAUGGAAGUCUAGGAGACAGAGCUCCUUCCUUCGAGUUGAAGGCAAUUCGCUGUCUGGACUGUGUUUCGUCUCUGCUGACUGGAGGCAGGCAGGUGAAGAUAGAAGGGGACUGGAGACGCACCACAAUGAGAGCUUUGAAGUUUGCCUUUGAUUUUUUCUUUUCUCCCUUCCUGUCAGCAAAAAUCAACACAUAAUAAGAAUGUCAGCAAAGCAUUGAAGCUAAAGUGACAAGGAUUCACUUAAAUCUCUUCAGGAAGCUAUGCUCUUCUUCUUUUUUGUAUUGUGAUCAUGUUAGUAAUUUAAUUUGUGAUGUUUACAAUUUGAUCCUACAUGGAUCUACAGCUCAUGUUUACGUAUUGGUUUUUUUAACAAUGCAAUAGGAUCAGAGAAAAUUAUUUCAACUUUUAUGUUUAUCAUGGUAGUGCAAGAGUUUACAAAUAUUUAACUUUCAUGGUUUAUGUUCCUUAAAAGCAGUCAAUAACGGUCAGCUAUCGGCUUUGGUUUCAGACUUAUUGUCACAAUUGCUUUGAAUGUUUAAUAAUGUUAAGCCAAGGGACAACAUCAAAGUAUGACCUUGUAAAUUCACGGUUCAAUUUCCAGUAUUUUUUUUAAAAAUGGACAAAAGCCUUUAAUUUGAAGGUGCCAGAUUAUACGCAAAGAAGCUUUAUUAUGUGCUGAUUUCUACUGAGUGCCUAGAGAUACUGUACACUUGUUCACAAUCAAAGAUCAGCAUGAAAUGUAUUUUUGAUAAAGCAAAAUUACUGCUUCUUUUGCUGCUUUUAUGGAAUGUCUUACUUGUAUGGGGAAUAUGUUUUCGUUUUGUGCUGUAAAUGCACAUCUGGCUAUUUAUUAAUGUCGGUUGUGUGAUAUAUUUUAUAUUUUUGGCUCUGUUAGCAAAGAAUUAUGUGGCUCUGUUGUCUUAAAAGUUUCUGGUCUUAAUCUUAUUUAACAUUGAUGAUCAGAUUGCCCUGUGCCUUAAGCUACAAUGCUCAUUAAAUAGCAUUUGGAAAGCCAACUUAAAACAUUGACCUAGUUUUUUCAUGUUUGCAGUGAGGCUGUAUAUAAACGUACAAACUUGUCAAGGUAUGCAGCUGUAGUCUCAAUUUCAUGGUUUGUAUUUCGUACUCGACAACAAAAUGCCACAGCAAAGAUGUCAAGGGUGAAGCAACUGAGUUUACUGAAAGGGGGAACUUCUAAAAGUUUUUUUUUUUUUGGUGGUAUAUCCGACUGUAGACAUACCAACAGAAACAUUGAACCGAGUUCAUUCCGUAGAAAUAGUGCCAGUAGUGUGAAUAUUUGAAAUAAUCUGUUUUGCUUUACAGUACCGGGUGCCCUCACUUUAUCCUGAUGCCGCGAUAAUUUAAAAAGGCUAAUCAAUUGUCACAGUUUUAAAUUGUGCAACGUUACCCCACUAUAAAGAUAGAAGUAUUAUGUAUUUAUUUAUGGCUUGAGCAAAUUAUUCCACUUAAAUGUUUUUAAAACCAUUAUUAAAAAAUCAUAUCAUCAGAGAAGUUAAAGUCUAAUCAAAGCUAUAGAUGUGGCUUUUUAAAAAAUGAUUAGCAUAAAAUAAUUGCAAUGCAUAAAAAAGCCAUUUAUGUGAACAGUAUUAAACUUUAACCUCAAUUCAUCUGUGAAUGAAAGUCAUUGAUUUCAGGCCUGUAUACUGUGAACUUGAGUGCCUUCUUUAUUCAGUAAUGGAGCUUAUGGGAGUGUGCAAUGAGUAAUAAGUGCUUGUCUUUCAAACAAAACUUCCACAUGGAUGCUUUUUUCAGAUUCAAAGUCUGAAAGUAUUUCAUUGAUGAAAAAAAUAAAUUUCCAAUGAAUACAGUAUAUACACAAAGACAUAAAAUGAUCCAAUACA